AUGCAGACAAACACACUCUCAAAUGAUGUCUUUUCAAAUUAGGACUAAUUUUCAAAUCCUAAUUUACUUAACAAUCUAUCACCAUCUGAUAUCAAUGGGAACUUUGAUUAGAAGAAUAUUGUAUCCCCUAGAAAUGGUUAAUAAAAUUAGCUAUCACCAAGGCAACCUUCAAGUUUCCAAAUCUAGCCAUAAUUGACUCCAUUACAGGAUUCAAAGGAGGAUGAAAGAAAAUAAAAGAAAAGUAGAAAGAGAGGGAAGAAAAGUAGAGGUGGAGGAGGUGGAAGUUAAAUAAGAGCAGACAGUUUUAGUGGAGUAAAGAAUAUGAAUACUGGUACAGGUGGUGAUAACAGCAACACUACUGAUGCUAAUAAUCAGCUUUUCAAGAAUUAGAUGAAUAAAAAGUUUGAAUUAAGUUCAAAGCAAUUCACACAAAGAAACAACUAAUCAACUUUAACUCAGCCAAUAAUGCAUCAAAAUAGUAAUGCAAAGAACAAUAAACUGAGUUCUAUGAUGAAUGUCAAUGCUAGUGAUAUAAUGUCUGAAUAAAUUGAUGAUGUAUCAACUAACAUAGCACCAACUAUGAUUAAUAGUGGACCAAACCUACAUUAGCAUCAAAAUUAGAUGAGUUCUGGAAAUGAUAUAAGUACAUAUAGAAUUCUUUAGAACAUUGAUAAACUUUCACCGAGAUAAAAUGAAGAAAGUUUCUAUAAUUUUACUUAAAUUGGAUCAAUGAAUUCUAAUAAUCCUAGAAAUCUGCCUCUGAAUUAAAUGUUUUCAAAUAUUGGUUCAACUGUAUAAAGUAACAACAGCAAUCAAGUGAAAUCAAAUCGUAAAAAUAAGUAUAAAGUCAACAGUGGAGGGAAUUCCCAACGAGGAAAAUCUACAGAUCAAAGACAUAGUAAAUAUCACGAAAAUAACCACAUUGAUAUUGAUCAGAUUACUCCAGAAAUAGCUGCUUAAGUUGUUAGAAAUUAUCUUUUACCAAUGUUUGAAAAGGACAGUAGAAAAAUUACUAGAGAAAAAAGAUAAGGUGAGUUAAAUUCUCCUGCUAGCCCUAGAAAGUUUUAGAAGGAAGGAGAUGAAGGUGAUAAAUCAAAUACAGUCUAUGGUGAAUUGAAGUUAAGUGAAAAGCUCUCUCUUGAGAUGAUUCAAGUUAGAAAAGAUAAAGAAAGCCUCAAAGAGAGAAUCGAAUAGCUGGAGAUUCUUUAUUAAAAUUUGGAGAAAAAGUUAGUGGUUACUGAAGUAAAGUAUAGCAAGAACAAAUACAAGCUAAAACUUAGCAAGGGCUUCAUUUCAUCUCUAGAAAAAUAAAAGAUAAAUCUAGAAAUCUAAUUAAAAAAACUCUAGGAAUAGAGUAAGCAGUAGCAGAGUCUUUUGCUCAUUAAUGAAAGUAAUCGUAAAAUUUUUAGUGAACAGUUACAAAAUGAAAAAGUAAAGAAUGAAAAAUUAAAGAAUCAAAUCAUUGAUCUAAAGUAUCAAAAUAGCCUAAUGAAAAUGGAAUCAGAUAUUAUGGGUGAUCAGCUUAAAAGACUUUAUGAUGCUAUUAGUUUCUUGGGAGAAGGAAAAAAGCAUGCUGAUAAGAAAUAAGUCGAAUUGGAUCAGAUUAGAAAAGGCUAUGAUGAUCUAAUGUUUGAGAAGGAAAUUAACAACUCUGAGCUUUAAACAGUAUUUGAGCGUGAUAAAUAUAGAGGAGAAGUUAGAGAUGUAGUUAAAACUCUGAAGAAAAAUUAGGAAGAUAAAGAAAAACUGAUGGCAGUUCUUAAGGAAAGAAUGAAUUAACUGGACUCAGAAUCAAAAACAGCAUAACUGGAAGCCAAUAAAUGGCAAGAUGAAUUCUUGAAAUUGGAUAAAUAGGUAAAAGCAUUAUAGAAUGAAAGAGAUAAAAUGAGAUAAAGAAUUCAAAAGCUAAAGAACAGAAGAAAUUUCAACAUCAACUAGAAGAUAUGUAAAUAGUGCGGUAAAGAGUAUCUAGAGAAGGAGAACUUCAAUUGGUCUUGUAGAACUCACAGAUCUGAAUUUGGAGGAGAAAUGUGGUGGUGCUGUGGUAAAACAACAAAAGAUGCUCCAGGCUGUAAAUUUUCUAAGCACGUAUCAAAAGAAGAUGAGGAUGAAGAUUUGGAGUAACAAGAAGAGACGGAUGCAGCUUUAAAGAAUAAAUAUGCUAGAUGUUAUUGCUGCAAGGAGAAAGGCCACAGAGCAUAGGAUUGUCCUCGAGAUCCGAAUAUAAAAACUGCUAUUGAUGCGAAUGAUGAGGAUAUGCGUAUAAUCAAAGCAAAAGACUUCAGAAAGCUUCUGAGUGAUUCGUUAAACAUUACUCAAAAGUUAUUCAAAGGAUCAAUGGCUUUUGACGACUAUUCGUACAAGUUUUACAAUAAUACGGUACUAAACCCAAAAACAGUUAAAGCAAUCAACGAUGAAGAAAACACUUCAUUAAUCGCAGCUGUUGAAGUUAAAGGAGUCGGAGGAGGGAUAGCAGGGGAUUAGAGCUCUAACUUAACAACUGAUUAAGUUAGAGAGUUUGAAUAGAGUAUGCACUACGAUGAAGAUGGUGCCGUAAAUGAUUUCAUUGGGAAAGACUUGAAAGGAAGUAUAACUGAUUAGAGGAGAGAAGAUGAGAAGAAAGAUGACAUGUAUGAUGAUGACGAUGAUGAUAUCAAGCACAAGAAAAAGAAAAAUGGGGAUGAUAGUGAAAAAGAAAGCAAUGAGGGAAGCGUGGAGGAUCAGGAUGAUGAUGAUAAUGGUGGAGGAGCUGAAAAUGUUCGCCAGAAGCCAAAGCUGACCAGGUUAGUGAUAGAUUAAAUGAAGUCAUUACAAGAGAGGGACCUAUUUGAGGAUAUCCUUGAAGUAAAAAAUCAAGCUAAACUCAGUAAUCUUCAAGGAUCUAAAUCUAAUUUGAUUGACUUGAAAGAUUAUUUAAAGGAACUGCAGAAAAAGAGUCUAAGAGCGAAUAGACAAAAUAAACCUCAACUUAGAAAGAAAAACGAUAAUGGAGGUCAGGAUAAUCUAGGAGAUGACUGGCAUUAGUCAUCGUUUGAGGGAAGGUCCUCUUAGAUGAAAGAUUCUGUUGCAGAUCAGAAUUUAUAUGGCAUCAGUUAUGGAGCUUCAUCUGAUAAUCCCGAGAACAGACAAAACCAAGCUCUAAUUGAAGAAAUAGAUAAGAUGUUUGAUAACAAUAACAUUUAAUCAAGAUAGGACAAUAGGGUAGACAGGAAUGUAAUGGAUGCUACAAAUAUAAAUAACCAAAACUCAGUAAUAGCUAGCAGUGAAAUCGGUAUCAAAGGUAUGGGUAGAGGAAAAGGUUAGGAUUUGAGUAUCUUUGAAAAUUCAAUCGAAUAGGAUCUUGACCAAUCUACUAAUAGGCAACUUAUCAAAAAAGGUAAUCAAUAAGUAGAAAAGAAAGGAAAAGGUGAGGAAUUGAAGCAGUAAAAGACUAAAGGAACUUCUAAAAAGACUCCCUUAGAAACAGAAAAAGAAUUAGGCAAAAAGAAAACAGGAAAAGAGGCUGGAAUGGAAACUUUAAUGUAGCAGAUUGAAGGAGAAUAUGAUGAUUCUAAGAAGGGCGGUAAGAAAGGCGCUAGUGCUGAGCCAAAGAAGAAAAUAGAUAUCAAAUCUUAAAUUAAACAGUGA